UUUCCGGCGGUGACGGCCUCCCCACGAGAACAUGCCUCUCGCCAAGGACCUCCUUCACCCCUCGCCGGAGGAGGAGAAGCGGAAGCACAAGAAGAAGCGGCUGGUGCAGAGCCCCAACUCCUACUUCAUGGACGUCAAGUGCCCGGGAUGCUAUAAGAUCACCACCGUCUUCAGCCAUGCACAGACCGUGGUUCUGUGUGUCGGCUGCUCCACGGUCCUCUGCCAGCCCACGGGCGGGAAGGCAAGGCUUACAGAAGGAUGCUCCUUCAGACGGAAGCAGCACUAAAAGCUCCCUGAAUCAGAUGAACGGGAAACCAUCCCAAUAAACACAUUUUGGAUAUAAAAAAAAAAA